UAUAAACCCACCAAUUCAUCACUCCUCUAUAAAUCAAAUCCAUAUGCCACAUUUAUAUAUAACCCAAUUCACUACUUAUUCAAAACCACUAAUUCGUAACACUCGCUAUAUUGACAUAUCUACCCCAACUCUACUAUAUAUACCUAUUUAUCAAAAGGGAAUCCACAUCCUCAUCCAACAUUUAUAUGCUUCCUUUGGUGUCUGUACUUUUGGAGAUGGUUUCAAGGCGUGUUUGGGUGGCCGCCGCCGCCGCCACCGCGCUGAUGGUAAUGGCGAGAUUGUCGUCGUUUGCGGACGGGGAAAAGGCGGUGCCGUGCUAUUACAUCUUCGGAGACUCCUUGGCCGACAGUGGCAACAACAACAUGCUCCAAACCGUUGCCAAAGUCGACUACUCGCCUUAUGGGGUUGAUUUCCCCCGCGGUCCAACCGGACGGUUCACUAACGGCCGCAACAUCGUCGAUUUCUUCGGGCCCACAGCUAAUUUGUCUUUCACUUUUUUUGCAAGUCCAGCUGAGUACUUGGGCUUUGAGUGUCCCAUCCCCCCAUUUGCAACCGCCACCGACGUCGACACUCUGACCGGCGUGAAUUAUGCGUCGGGCUCCGCCGGGAUCCUCCAACAAACAGGGGCGCAACUGGGCCAGCGAAUUCCCUUGGACGUACAAUUGGACAACCAUGGAGUCUCCGUUUCCGCGCUCGCCAAGAUCACCGGCGCCGCCGCCGCCUCCCGCCACCUGGGGCAGUGCUUAUACACCCUCGGCGCCGGCAACAACGAUUUCCUCAACAAUUACUUCCGCCCCGAGUUUUAUCCCACCAGCCGCACUUACACCGUCAAACGAUUCACAGCCCUGCUCGCUAACCGAUACGCGCAGCAGCUUCAGAGACUGUACGGGCUUGGGGCGAGGAAAAUCGGCGUGUUUGCGUUGGGCCAGAUUGGAUGCGUUCCUUUUGCGAUCCGUCGCUACGGUAACAACGGGUCGGCUUCUGGAUGCGCCGAGGCGCUAAACGACGCCGCCGCGCUGUUCAACGUCCGGCUGAAAUCGGCGAUUAAUCGUCUUCAGGCAAAACUCACCGAUGCCCAAUUCGUUUACAUCGGGUCUGGAUCCGACAUGUUAAUGAUGGUCAGGCAGAAAAAUUCGACUACCGUCACCGAGCUCAAGGCGCUGGAGGUGGUGGAUUGCGCUUGCUGCACCGUGGAGGUGAGCAGCGGACAAUGCGUCCCCGACAAAGCUCCGUGUCCCGACAGGUCGAGUUAUGUUUUUUGGGACUGGUUCCAUCCGACGGAGGCUCUGAAUUCGGUGACGGCGGCUGCGGCGUUCGAGGCGGUGCGACCAUUGGUGGCUCAUUCAUCAUCAGUUGGGGAAAGUAGUAUGCUUCGCCUGGCGGCUGCGGUUCAGGCGAUGUGAGCUGAUCAUACGCCUGGUCAAGGACAUACAUGAAUUAACUAAGAAUAAAAGCUUGUUCUCUAGUCCUAUGAGAGCAAUUUCGUUUUAUAUAUUUUCCUUGUUCUUCUCUAGUCUGCUGUGAUCGUUAUAUAUAUACACAUGUAAUUAUAGUU